GGGCGCGCUGCGGGCCGCGGCGGCUGCUGGCGGAGGGGGCCGCGGCCGCCUUCCGCCCGGCCGCUCGGGACGCGUGGGCGCGGCGUGGGCUCCGUCCCCCUGUCCGCGGCCGCCGCGCUCUCCCGCCUCGGGUCUUCUCGCAGUGCCAGGCUGAGGAGUUCGCGCGGGGCCCCCGCCCCUUUCCCCACACUUAAUUUCCUCCCGCCAGCACCCCCUUCCCGACUCUGUGCCACCCUCGUCCGCCGGCACCCCCGAUGUGGGCUGCUUCCUCGGCCCCCGCCCCCAGGGAGGCUUUCAGUCCGUUCCUGUCUCAGCCUGCACCUCCCAACCUUGAUCUAAGCCCUGGUUGUAAUAAAUGUGACUGAAGAGGCUGCCUCCCCUUUCCUUCCUCUCAGAUCCGGGGGCUCUUGCUAUCCCUUGGUUGGACUGCUCAGGGUGUCACUGCUGUCUUUCUCCCCUUCAGACGGACCAUGGACGGCUCCUUCGUCCAGCACAGUGUGAAGGUUCUGCAGGAGCUCAACAAGCAGCGGGAGAGGGGCCAGUACUGCGACGCCACCCUGGACGUGGGGGGCCUGGUGUUCAAGGCCCACUGGAGCGUUCUCGCCUGCUGCAGCCACUUCUUCCAGAGUCUCUACGGGGAUGGCUCAGGGGGCAGUAUCGUCCUCCCUGCCGGCUUCGCUGAGAUCUUUGGCCUCCUGCUGGACUUUUUCUACACCGGCCACCUCGCCCUCACCUCGGGGAACCGGGAUCAGGUGCUCCUGGCAGCCAGGGAGCUGCGAGUGCCAGAGGCUGUAGAGCUGUGCCAGAGCUUCAAGCCCAAUGCCUCGGUGGGACAGGCACCAAGUGGCCAGAGCGGGCUGGGGAAACCUGCCCUUCGGGAUGUGAACAGCCACCUCAAGGACUCCGCAGGUCUGGAGGAAGAGGAAGUGUCCAGGACUCUGGGUCAGAUCCCCAGGGAUCAGGAGCUCAGUGGUAGUCCCAGCCCCCAGAGGCCCCAGCUUGGUCUCCCUGCUCAGGGCGAGAGCCCUUCCUUCCUCCGUGGGAAACUCAAGCAGGCCCUGAAGCUUUGUCCCCCUGAGGACCAGGAGCCUGAGGAUUGCAAAGUGCCCCCAAGGCCUUUCGAGGCUGAAGGUGUCCAGCUGCAGGGCGGGACUAAUGAGUGGGAAGUGGUGGUUCAAGUUGAGGACGACGGGGAUGGUGAUUACAUUUCUGAGACUGAGACUGUGCCAACCAGGAGGAAGUCACACGUAAUCAGAAAGCCCUGUGCUGCCGCGCCAGCCCUGAGCGCAGGUGCCCUGGCAGCCGAGCCUGCUGAGAGCAGAAAAGGUACAGCGGUGCCGGUCGAAUGCCCCACAUGUCAUAAAAAGUUCCUCAGCAAAUAUUAUCUAAAAGUUCACAACAGGAAGCACACUGGGGAGAAGCCCUUUGAGUGUCCCAAAUGCGGGAAGUGUUACUUCCGGAAGGAGAACCUGCUGGAGCACGAAGCCCGGAACUGCAUGAGCCGCUCGGAGCAGAGGCCUGCUGCUGGCCGGGUGAGGGCUGCGGUGAGGCUGCCCGGCCCCCGUCUCCAGCCUGGCCCCCAGCCUGGCGUGGUGGGCUUGCAGUGUUCAGCGAUGGUCAGGGUCAGGGCGAGCAGGUUACGUGUUGCCCUCUCCCACCCUAGCCCCCGCCUCGGGCAGAGGCUGCCAUCGCAGGCAGAGGCCCCCGCUGACGCCGGCCCCGCUUGCCCCUCACACUGCCAGGUCUUCACGUGCUCCGUGUGCCAGGAGACGUUCCGCCGGAGGAUGGAGCUGCGGCUGCACAUGGUGUCCCACACGGGGGAGAUGCCCUACAAGUGCUCCUCCUGCUCCCAGCAGUUCAUGCAGAAGAAGGACCUGCAGAGCCACAUGAUCAAGCUGCACGGAGCCCCCAAGCCCCACGCGUGUCCCACGUGUGCCAAGUGCUUCUUGUCUCGAACGGAACUGCAGCUGCACGAGGCUUUCAAGCACCGUGGAGAGAAGCUGUUCGUGUGCGAGGAGUGCGGGCACCGGGCCUCGAGCCGGAAUGGCCUGCAGAUGCACAUCAAGGCCAAGCACAGGAACGAGAGGCCGCACGUCUGCGAGGUCUGCAGCCACGCCUUCACACAGAAGGCCAACCUCAACAUGCACCUGCGCACGCACACGGGCGAGAGGCCCUUCCAGUGCCACCUGUGCGGCAAGACCUUCCGCACCCAAGGUGAGGCAGGCCGUCCCCUCCCCGCCCCGGGGCGGCGGCGCGCGGCUGAGCCCUCCCUCGUGCCCACAGCCAGCCUGGACAAGCACAACCGCACCCACACCGGCGAGAGGCCCUUCAGCUGCGAGUUCUGUGAGCAGCGCUUCACGGAGAAGGGGCCCCUGCUGAGGCACGUGGCCAGCCGCCACCAGGAGGGCCGGCCCCACUUCUGCCAGAUCUGUGGGAAGACCUUCAAAGCCGUGGAGCAGCUGCGUGUGCACGUCAGGAGGCAUAAGGGGGUCAGGAAGUUCGAGUGUACCGAAUGUGGCUACAAGUUCACCCGGCAGGCCCACCUGCGGAGGCACAUGGAGAUCCACGACCGGGUGGAGAACUACAAUCCCCGGCAGCGCAAGCUCCGGAACCUGGUCAUCGAGGAUGAGAAGAUGGUGGUGGUGGCGCUCCAGCCACCCGCCGAGCUGGAGGUGGGGUCGGCCGAGGUCAUCGUGGAGUCGCUGGCCCAGGGCGGCCUGGCCUCCCAACUCCCCAGUCAGAGACUGUGUGCGGAGGAGGGCUUUGCAGGCCCGGGUGUCAUGGAGCCCUCGCUCAUCAUCACGGCCGCCAUCCCCGAGGACUGCGACACGUAGUCACGGGCCCCCCACCCCCCACCCGGCCCCAGCCCCCAAUAAACCACACGGCUUUGGA